AUGGAAACUCUGAGGAGUGCUUACAACUACCUGCUCGGUCAGGGUGAGAAUCCGGUCGUGGACACGGAUGAGAUCUUCCCAUUGUACUUCCUUGACAACCUACAGGCCGGUCGGGUUCUCGUUCUAAGCGAAACCUUCAAGUUUAACGAUGUCUUGGACCCAGAGAAGUUGCACGAUGGACUCAAAAAGUUGAUUCAGCUUGGGGAUUGGAGGAAGCUAGGCGGGCGGCUUCGUAAAAAGCCCGACGACAAACUCGAACUCCAUGUACCAAAAGAGUUCACCAAAGAACGACCAGCAGUCCAAUUCUCUGCGGAGAAAAUCGACGUUGGGAUCGACGAGCACUCUGUUGCUGGGCAGUUGCCCAGCGCAACCGAUUCCCCUUCUUUACACCCUGGGCAGGAGCUUUUCGCGGAAUUCAGUGCGUUUUCGAAAGGGCCAAAAACCUUACAAGACUACCUCCAAAGUGAUUGCCCGGUUUUUCGAGUUCAUGUCACCGUAUUCGCUGACGCCACUGUUGUUGCUUUUAUUUGGCCACAUGCAGUGGCUGGCGCUCUGGGGCUGAAGAAUAUUCUGUCGGCCUGGUCCGAGGCGCUGAAGGAUGAUGGGAACAUCCCGGAGUUGUUGGGCGCUCGAAAGGAUGUAUUGGAUGGAAUAGGAACUUCGAAAGACUGCACAGCACCAUACGUUCUCGACAAUCUCGAAUUGAGGGGCUGGGGGUUUGCCAAGUUCGCAUUUCGGCUGAUGUGGACGGUCGUCUGGCGGCCGAAGGUUGAGGCACGCACUAUAUGCCUUCCUCGCGACUUUGUCUCCGAACUACGACUGGCCACAACCAAAGAACUCGAAGAAGCUCAAGGACCCGGCGAUAAUGUUUUCGUUAGCGAAGGUGACGUCUUGACUGCUUGGCUGGCAAGGUUCGUUUCUCGGGCACGUGGAGGAACAAGACCUGCGAUUUUGGUCAAUCCUCUCGACGUAUCAGGUCGUCUCAAAUCUGUCCUGGCGUCAGGAGGACUGUAUGUUCAAAAUAUGGCCGUGGCUUUAUACACUCUUGUCGAGACCGAUGUCCUGAACAAGAGAUCGCUGGGAGAGUUGGCUCAUGUGGUACGUUUGUCCAUACAACAACAAGCCACGGAAGAGCAAAUGCGUUCCCAACUGCGACACUUUAGAAAGCUUGGGCCAAACAAAAUGCAAUCGCUUUACGGGGCUUCAGACUCCCGCCUAGUCGUAUUUUCCAACUGGACGACGUUCAAGAUGUUCGAAGCUGUUGACUUCAGCCCCGCCAUCACCAAGCGAUCACCCCAUUCUGCUGGUGGAAAACCGGUGUACAUGCAUUGCCAUUCUUUGAGCAAGGAUCCCUUCAUGAGGGAUGUCUUUGCAAUCACCGGCAAAGAUUUAGACGGUAAUUAUUGGAUCAGUGGUUUCUUAUACCCCGAAGACUGGCAAGCGUUUGAGGAUUACAUGCAGAACACACGUGCGACCCUAGGAUGA